AAAUACUCCAGCAGUGUAUCUCCCGUGGCCGUCUCCCCGCCCUUUACGUGUGGUCUAGUGAUCUAGUCUCUGUUACAUUUCUCGUCCGUUUCGUGCGAUUUAUUCAACAGAUUAUCCGUGAUAAUGCAAGCGAUCAAGUGUGUUGUGGUCGGCGACGGGGCCGUGGGUAAAACCUGUCUGCUGAUUAGCUACACAACAAAUGCAUUUCCUGGUGAAUAUAUCCCAACGGUAUUUGACAACUAUUCUGCAAACGUGAUGGUGGAUGGUAAGCCGAUAAAUCUAGGCCUCUGGGAUACGGCUGGUCAAGAGGAUUACGAUAGGCUCCGGCCGCUUUCAUACCCACAGACUGAUGUCUUUUUGAUAUGCUUCUCGCUGGUAAAUCCUGCUAGUUUUGAAAAUGUCAGAGCCAAAUGGUAUCCUGAAGUCCGUCAUCAUUGCCCAACCACUCCCAUCAUCUUGGUUGGUACCAAACUUGACUUGCGUGAAGACAAGGAAACCAUCGAACGACUCAAGGACAAAAAGCUCGCACCAAUCACUUACCCUCAGGGUUUAGCAAUGGCUAAGGAAAUUGGAGCUGUCAAGUACCUAGAGUGCUCAGCCCUGACGCAGAAAGGCUUGAAGACCGUGUUUGACGAGGCGAUACGCGCCGUUCUCCGUCCACCUAUCCAUCCCAAGCCAAGACGCAGGUGUUUUCUGCUAUAAUAUUAAUUGUUUUAACCAAUGGCAGUAUAUAUACCUAUAUAUCCACUUUGUUUUUCCAUCCCUCUCUCCAUCCAUUUGUUCCGCACAGCGUACAGACCAUCUUCAAAUAGAUAACGCUAAAGAGAAAUGUUGGAUAUACGUCGCAGUCACUACUGAAGCUAGCACAAGUUCAAAAUGCACAAAACAGUGUGCAGCUGCACAUUGUAACUAUAUUUAAACACACGCGUAUUAUCCCUAUGGAUAGAUAGUUAGAAAGAAGAAACAACUAACUUAAUUUCACAAUUCAUUACUUAGUAAAAGACAAUAGAAUGCAUUUUCAGAGGGUAAUGAACUUUGUUACUUUUCUAUGGCAUAUUUUGUAUUUGGAUUUUGUCUUUAUUUAUAUUAUUAUGUUAUGAAGUAGUGUUGACAAUACGAGGACAACCAUUACCGAAAUCAAAUGAAGAAAGUGUUGUAGCUAUGUGCGUUGAACACAGUUAAGGAUGUGAGAACAGCUUGGAUUUAAAUAUGGUGGCUUGGAUUAUGAAACAAGAGGGAUGUAGAAGGAACCAAACUGAUUGUGUACAGUAUAUUAGAGUAUAUUAUUAAUAAUUAUAUGUAAAUGAUGAAAAAAAUUAACCCUACUAUUAUUAUAUUAUACAUACCACACAAAUUAUAGAUAUAUAGAUUUUACGUAUACGCGAUUUUAAUAACAUUAUUUAACGAUAAACCAAUGCCAUUGCUGUCUCCAACACACGUAUAAUUACUCCUCAUCAAUUACCAACCUCUGUGCAUAUGAUCAAAUCAUUUCGUGGGAGUUGAAUAAUUUCCACUUUGUGACUCAUUUUAAGGUUCGCAUGUACAUUCAAUGUUAUUGUAGACAAGUUUGGGCUGACGAUUCUUUAUGAUUGAUACUUAAGGGCUUGGACUAAUGGCAAAGAAAAAGUAUUGACAGACCAUAAUAGACAGGCACAUCUCAAGUCAGUAGCAAGGAUAUUUUUUGUAAUGUACUUUACAAAUAGUAAAGAACCGCUUGGCAAUCAGUAGUUGAAAUUCUGAAUUCAUCCCGGUAUAAUAUUCCAUCAAAAGGUUUAUUUAUUAAUUAACACUGUUUGCCACAUAUAAAGUGCAAAAAGCUGAAACGUGCGAUUGUAUUUCUUGAUGAAGAAUUAUAUGACAGUACGUUUCACAGUAAACUAUGAUAUUUUUAACGUUACAAAAUUUUAUUGAAUUUCGUCAACAUUGACUAUUGUUAAGAAUUGAAAUCAUUUUUUUUUGUAAUAAACCGUCUUUUAUUCUGAACUCGGUAA